UAUUGGUAUUCUCUUGUUUCAGAAUAAUGGUUACUGACGUCCACUUAGCUGUUUUAUCAAAUGCUCUAGGAAUCGUAUUGUUUCUGCUUGUAGUCGUAUUUCAUUAUAUUAAUGCAAAUUAUUCCAGACAAUGAGAAAAACAUACUUUUUAAGACUUAAUUGUUAUGUGUGUAAGGUUUUUGAGUUUUAGUAAAUAUAUUAUGCUAUAAAUUCUGUG